UGGGUGAUGCGUGUAAUUUUCUCUUGAUUAUUUCUGGGUUAAACCCUUUGGGCCAUCCAGAGAUUUUACAAAUUUUAAGCCCAUCGAUGAGUAAGUUCGAAUCAUUACUGACAGCACAUCUAUAUUUAUAUAUAUGUAUAUAAGAAUCGCUGCCUAUUAGGGUUUGACAUCGUAUACUCUCAGGAGAAAGCUCGAACCCGCAAAACCCUAAGCUGCAGAGUUAGAGGCGCCUCUGCAGUUCAAGCAGUUGGAAAAUGGUUCGAAUCAGCGUGUUAAAUGAUGCUCUCAAGAGCAUGUAUAAUGCUGAGAAGAGGGGAAAGAGGCAGGUGAUGAUUCGACCUUCCUCUAAAGUCAUCAUCAAGUUUCUUAUUGUCAUGCAGAAGCAUGGUUAUAUCGGUGAGUUUGAGUAUGUGGAUGAUCACAGAUCUGGAAAAAUUGUUGUUGAGUUGAAUGGAAGGCUCAACAAAUGUGGGGUUAUUAGUCCCCGUUUUGAUAUCGGCGUGAAAGAAAUUGAAGGCUGGACUGCAAGACUGCUCCCAUCUAGACAGUUUGGAUACAUUGUCUUGACUACAUCUGCGGGGAUCAUGGAUCACGAGGAAGCUCGCAGAAAGAACGUAGGAGGCAAGGUCUUGGGUUUCUUUUACUAGUUGAAAAUAUUUUCCUUUUUUUUUCCAAAAAACUUUUUGGUUGUAGUUGGGAUCAAAUGCUUAGAUAAAAAAAGUCUGUUUUUGGGUUGAUCUAUUGAUUGUUUUGUAUGUGACUUGAGCUUUUAUCGGCAUUCGUUAAAGAGAGACAAGAAUUUUGUUA